AAAAGUUCGCGCCUACGAACUUGGACAAUAGUACCAAGUCAACCACGCACACGCACCCACCAUGAAGAACAUCAGACAGCGAGUGCGCGACUUGGAGCUGAAAAGGGCGAAAGACUUCGACCCCGAAGAUGAUGCCGUUCCCUCCGCCAGCGACGCCGAGUCGGAGAACGAUGAAGACCUGAAAGACAAUGCUGGUCGUGAACACUACGAAGCUGUCGGAAAAAGCAAGCUACGAAAGCCGGAACAGCCAGCACUGGGCGCGAAGUACGGAGGUGUGGCCGCUAGCCGCGAUGAAUUGAACGGCCAAGACGAGGAAGAUGAAGACCCUUUUGCUCCUGUGGAGGAAUCCGACGAUGAAGAUCCCUUUGCUGCACGGAACGGAGUGGCCUCGAGCGAUUCGGAAGCCGAAAAUGGCCUGGCAGCAAGUCAGGAUGGAGACGAGAGCGAAGAGAUUGACAGCGACGAAGCCCUCGGUGAGAGCGAUGUGGAAAAGUUCAAAAACUUCAAGUUCCGCGGGAGCAAGAAGAACCGCAUAGCAGACGGUGUAUCGGACGCACCUUCAGACGAGGACGAUGAUUCGGGGGGCACGGGCACGACGGACGGGUCCGACAUUGACAUGGAAGAUGACGAUUUGGACAUUACAGACGAGGACGACGAUGCCGGCUCAUCGGCAUCAUCAGCUACAAGCAAGAGUUCAUCACGCUUGAAAGCAGGCGCAUCCAAAUCCAAAUCCGCAUCGCACAACCCAGAUCGCGAAGAACUCAAACGACUCGCCUUCUCAUCCACAUCCACAGCCGGUCUGGCGUCCGCCCUGUCCGCUGGAGCCAAGGCAGACAUCCAGAAAGGACGAGCCGUGAAACAGCAACGCCAGACAUUCGAUCGACUCCUCGACGCUCGAAUCAAGCUACAAAAGGGCAUCAGUGCAACCAACGAUCUUGCCCCCUCUCUCUCGGACGAACAAGUACAACAGGCCGCCCGACAAGCCGAAGACGCUGCCCUUGCACUGUGGUCGACGAUCGAUUCUAUUCGCUGCACCGUACUAUCCCACAGCAGCGACACCAACACGUCGACCAAGGAAUCCUCUUCCUCUUCUCUUAAACGCAAAAGGCCGCUCCAAGCGACGCGCUCAACCUCCCUCGCCGAAAUGUGGCAACACACCACCGACCUCGAAGACACCGCACGCUCUAUGCGCCGCCAAAUUCUGGAUCGAUGGCACGCCAAAACUCAACCGGUUCUCGACACCGCACCGCGUUCAAAACUGCUACAACCACAGUCCUCCGCUGGUGCCCGAUCCCGUCUUACUGACGUUCUAGACACGUAUUUGGCGACUGAAUCGGCGAAACUUAUUACGCAGAGUUGGACCAACGCUGGCGGUGAUGCUAGUCAUGGUUCAGGUCUAGGAACCUACGACGACAGCAGCUUCUACCAAUCCCUCCUCCGCGACCUGAUCGCCUCACGCACCGCGGCUGCUUCUACAGCUGCUGCUGGUGUCGCCGCAGAUGGAACCACAAUUCCACUUCUCCCACCGAAACUUCACCCGUCCGGAAGCCGACACAAAAAAGUCGACACAAAGGCUUCCAAGGGCCGGAAAGUGCGGUACACGGUGCAUGAAAAGCUGGAGAAUUUCAUGGCUCCCGAAGACCGUAAUACGUGGGAAGAUGCGGCCAGGACGGAGUUUUUCGCUAGUUUGUUGGGGAAUGCUGCUGGGAAAGUGUUGAAUGAGCAGGAAGAAGAUGAAGAUGGAGAAGAGCAAGAAGAUGCAGAUGGAGAUGGAGUGGUUGAGGGGACUACGACUGGCGAGGCUGCUGCGCUGAGAUUGUUCAGAAACUGAGAGAAGAAUAAUAGCACAGCUGGUCGAACUACCAUUAAAUGGAAAAGGACGACAUGCUUCGACUAGGACUUCGAAGAGGACAGUAUACUAAUAGUUCUACCAGUAGUUACUGUACUAUUCUGCCACCGAAGGAAUAAAUCUUGCAUGUAUGAGGUACAGAAGUUCAGACCAUGAGAGCUGGAUGGAAGAACACUUCCUUGGUAUCGAGUUCAUGAUCGUUCCCCCUAAGCUCGAUGAUCCACCAACACUGCCGCACACCUCAUAAGGAUAAGGAUAAGCUUCUAUC